AUGACUAUAAUAAAUUUGUUAUCUGAAAUCCGUACUUGUUUGUUUGAACAAAUCGCUAAUGCUGCCACUCUAACUAUUACCGAUUUAGAAGAUGUUAAUCUCAAUGCUUUUCAAACUAUGCUAAAUGUUGAUUUUGAUUAUGUUUGCUGGAUUAAAAAAUCCACAGAAGAAUACUGGAUAAGAAUUCUUGAUGAUCGCCUUUUAAAAUUUUCUUUUCUCAACAUAUUACGACAACCCUCACCAAAUCUUUCUAUUGACGAUUGUUUUCAAAAGUUGUCAUUAUCGACAACUUCAGUAGAUAACGAUAUAGAACCAUUCACUGAAACUCCGCUGAAAGAAUUGGACUCGACGGAAAUUAUGAUUAUCGAAAACAUAGCAGUCAGCUGGUCUUUAUUUUCAGAUUUUAUAACAUCAAAGCUAGGUGAGGGUGUAAGCCUGUUCAACAUUUCUUUGUCUGCAGAAAAAAGGAAUAGAGAGCUUGCAACAAUUAAGCUCACUCGCCCAAUCUGGUGUCGUUACAUUUUGCGUGAACAUAAAGGUGCUGAUUGUUUGCUUGAACUGCUCACUUCCACCUGUGAAAAUAUAAUGAGCUACAAAAUUGAGCUGAAAAAGUUGCAUAAAGAGGACGAAUCUUUAUUUUACAAAAUCCAAAUCUUUGUCAACGAUCUUUUAACUUUUGACAGUUCCGAAGAUGCCAGAUCUCGCCUAGAUGAGAAUCCAACUGCUAAAUUCCUCUUCUCAGAUGUGUAUUUUAGUGUAGAAGAAAUCGAAUACCUUCUUAGUUUUCCUACCUCUUCGGGGCUUCCUGUUUCUAUGCUUCUUAAUGUGGCACUGUCAGAUAAAAUUAACUCAUACCAGUUAUGUACAUCACAUGAUUUAGCACCUCUUAUACAACAAGUGUUUAAUGUACGAAAGGAUUUUCAAAAAGAAAAUGGUUUCAAAAAUAACUUGAAAAAAUUUGAAAAGAACUGGAAAAAGAGGCGUGAUUUACAUUAA